UUUUCAAUGCAAGACUCGGCCUGCAUAAAUUAUGUUCAUGACGUAGUGCAAAAGAGCAAAUUUGUGUUAAUUUUUGGGCACUUUUCUGCAGAUAAGGGUUUACCUUGGCUAUUAAGGUGCACUUGCUUCACCGGCACGCCAGUUAACGGAAAGACGUCAUUAAAUAUUUAGUUAAAAAGAGGAGCAGCGCUUUCCCGAGCCUCCUUAUCAAUGCAAAUAGCUCUUUUGUGUGCAUUCGUAGCGCGCGUCGGAAGCUGUGAGAUGAAUUUUUAAUUAUGCAUAUUUAAAACAAACUGUGGCAAAGCUCGCCGAAGGAGGAGAAAUAAAGAAAAUAUCCCACCUUUCAGCGGGUGGUACUGUGGAGCUGGUGACAUCCCUUUCAACCACUAUGCAGAAUCAGUGAUCCCGUCAGAGCUUAGACUUCAUCAUGGACACUGAGGAUCUCCCUGCAAACAAUGCGCCACUCACUGUCAACGAACAGCUUUUAGGUUCCUGCACUUUGAAAUUCCCAGCACAAGACGACCAGGUCAUUGUCAUGUCAGGACAGGAGACCAUCCGUGUGCUGGAGGUGGAGGUGGACACAGCCUUGUCCUCUACGGGAGCUGAUGGGAAGGUGGAGUCAGGAGGCGAGGAGGCCGCUGUUCAUACCCUGGAUGUGGCUGAGGAGGCUCCAUUGGACAGUCCAGUAACCACAAGCACUACCACAGCUGUGUCUGUGGAGGUCUCAGCACCUGCAGUCCAAACCAUGGUCUCCAAAGCCCCCAUCAGUGUGUCUGUGGCCCAGCCUCAGACCAGCGUACCCAUCACAGUCCAGGCCUGCCCACAGGUCCUGACUCAGGAUGGUUUGGCCUCUCUGAUGACUGGCAUGCUUGCCCAGCAGGGUUCUCUGGGUCAGCCCCUGCUCAUUCCUCUGAGUAUGGCUGGAUCAGUAGGGGGUCAGGGGGGUCUGGCAGUGCUCACCUUGCCCACCGCCACUGUCGCUACCCUUCCUGGUCUCGCUGCAGCCAGCCCUGCUGGAGGAUUGCUGAAGCUGCCAUUUGCAGGACUGCAAGCUGCUACUGUGUUGAACUCUGUCCAGACGCAGCUGCAGUCACCUGCACAGGCGGUCCUGCAGCCCCAGGUGUCUGCUCUGCAGCCAACGCAGACCACGGCAGCCACCACUGCAUCUGUUGUUCAGAAGGUGUCAGAGCCCAGUGCCUCAGUCGCAACACUUCAGACUGCAGGCCUGUCCAUCAACCCUGCUAUUAUUAGUGCAGCUUCUCUGGGAGCUCAGCCUCAGUUCAUCAGCUCUCUCACUACAACUCCCAUCAUAACCAGUGCUAUGUCUAAUGUGGCAGGACUUACAAGUCAACUCAUUACCAAUGCACAGGGCCAGGUAAUUGGAACACUUCCCCUGCUGGUCAACCCUGCGUCAUUGGCUGGAGCUGCGGCAGCGUCCGCGUUAUCCACUCAAGGGUUACAGGUCCAGACCGUGUCCCCACAGCUGCUCCUCAACUCCCAGGGCCAGAUCAUUGCUACGAUAGGAAACGGUCCAACAGCUGCUGCCCCAUCCGCUGCCUCUGUCCUCCCAAAAGCCACUGUGCCCCUGACACUCAACAAGACCACCACACCGGGUCCUGUUGGGAAAGUGGCCCCAUCUAAAGUCAUCAUUGCUCCCCAGCCGCAAGUGGUUAAAUCAGUCACAUCCCUCACCGGUGCCAUCGCCUGUGGAGACAUGCCUACUGUGGGGCAGCUUGUCAACAAGCCACAGUCUGCUGUGAACGAAGAAGAGGCCAUUAAUCUGGAGGAGAUCAGAGAGUUUGCCAAGAAUUUUAAGAUUCGACGGCUCUCUCUGGGGUUGACACAGACUCAAGUGGGUCAGGCACUCACUGCUACAGAGGGUCCCGCCUACAGUCAGUCAGCCAUCUGCAGAUUUGAGAAGCUCGACAUCACUCCUAAAAGCGCCCAGAAGCUGAAACCCGUGCUGGAGCGCUGGCUGGCAGAAGCUGAGCUCUGGAAUCAGAAAGGUCAGCAGAACUUGAUGGAGUUUGUGGGCGGAGAACCCUCGAAGAAGCGCAAACGGAGAACCAGCUUCACGCCUCAGGCCAUCGAGGUCCUCAACACUUACUUUGAGAAAAACUCCCUUCCGACCGGCCAGGAGAUUACGGAGAUCGCAAAGGAGCUGAAUUACGACCGAGAGGUGGUUCGGGUCUGGUUUUGUAAUCGUCGACAGACUCUGAAAAACACUAGCAAGAUCAAUGUGUUUCAGGUCCAGUAGAGCAUCUCUUUUAGAGUGCAACAGAAGAACUUUUUGGACAUUUAUGUAUUGGUGCUAGUUGCAAAAUGACUGAAAUGAUUGACUUGCUGUUGUGAUGAAGCCAACGGCACUCAAAUUGUGUGCAGUCCUAGAAUAGUAUCAAACAUACUCUUUCGGUUGUUUUUUUUUUUGUUUGUUUGUUUUGUUCCGUUAUGCUGCAUGCAGUGUGACCUUUUGCCGUACCACAAUUUUCAAUGCUAAAAUGGCUUUUGAACUAUUUAAAAUAUGGAAGAAGCUAUGAAGUCCUGUAGUUGCUGUUUUUAUAGACAAAAAGAAGCACUUCAUUAAUACAAAAAAAAAGAAAACUUCCAAAAUGUUCUCCUUUUCAUUUAGUGUUUUAUUUUUAAUUUUGUGCACAAACUGAUGUUAUUCUUGACCGUUAAAAUUUGCUUUUUCGCUGUAGUAAUAACAGCUAUGCCUUUUGACUACAUAGUACAUUUAGAAGGUUAUUUGAUCAUUUGACAGAUUUUUUUUUUUUAUUAUUGUGUUCAUAUAGUUUUGCUGUGAACUUUAAGCUGUUCAUUGCCUGAGACAAAAAUGGUAUUUAGUUAUUUUAACCUUCCAGAAAGUCCAUCUAAUAGGGCGUAUUCAAGUUUUUAGUUCAGUUUCCAUGAGUACAGUGGUUUCCCUGUCUUUGUGCAUACUGUAGAUGUGGUUUGGUCAAUGGACAAUCAUAAUACUCUGAAUCAGAAAGCAUGCCCUGCUCUUAUGUGGCUAAAUCCAAUUAUUCUGUUUCGGCUGUCAUUGUAAUUUCAUUUUCAGAAUUGUAUGAUUUCAACUGUUAUGUCUGUCUUUUGAUUUAAAUAGAAAACUGUAACUGUAUCAAAGAUUACAAUGACUGACGUAGAAUAUGUCCUUUGGAUUUUACUGUUACUGUUUUUGACAUAACCAGUGUAGUAAAGCAGAUCUUCAUAUCGGGAGAUGCUAUUGAAGAGAGACUUCCAUCUAUAUGAGGCACUUAAGAAAUAUUAGCUGAAAAUUUGUUUUAAUGUUGAUCAAUGAGGCGUCAAAUAAGUGUUACUAUUAUAAAUGCAAUUCAUCAUUAAUGAAUUUGGAUUGUGCUCUUAUUUGUACUCUUUGUCGCAGCAAUAUUCACAGGUCAUAUGAACUUUUCCCCGUUUAGUAACGCUGUCCAGACAGAAGUGUGUUGUAACAUGUUUCACAUGUUUGUUCUAAGCAUAAAGCUAUAUUGUUCUUAUGGACCUUCAGUAUUUAUCUAAUGGAUUCUUAUCUUGAUUGGUACAAUACCAUGCAUUUACAUUUUAAUGUUGUGAAGAAGGAAUGGUAUUAGACAUAGUGUUUUAACUGAUGCUAUACAUAGACUAAACGUAAAAAGGAGCAUUUGUUCAACACUUUAAUCUUCACAGAGCUUAUCGAUUUUAAAAUGAUGCAUAAAUGCAUUUACAGAUUAUAAACGAUUGUAUGGUACUCCAUUAACUAUAUUUAUUUUGUAUCAGUUGUAAUGUUUGGUAUUAACUUGUUAUUUGAAUAAAUUAACACU